AUGGCCUCUUCUCUGAGCACCUACUCGUCUGGGGUGACGAGCGCUGCGGGAGCUACGGCCACUACUGUCGCCCUCGGUUCCUAUGCCCUCACUGUGGACAAGGGUUUUGGUCUCAUCACCGGUCCUGACGCUGUCUUGUAUGCCCUCGACAAGAUACUUGGUACCGGAAAUUCUCGGCCAACUUGUUCCGCCCCCAAUGGAGACGAGGCCUCGAGUUCCUGUGUCAACUCUGGUGGCAGGGACGAGACCCAAUGUGCAAUGGCCAUCGUCUUUGAGAAGGUUUGCCUCAGGUCAGACGAUACAACCGUCGUCGUGGGUAGCAGUCAGCUUCAGCGGCGUUACGGCGACGACUUGACGAACUGGUGCAAUGCUGAGGCUACUGGCGGUGCUCGUGGCCAGCAAAACAGCCAACAGGACACUGAGCAAGGCGAUCAGCAGGGCAGCCAGCACGUCAACCAGCAAGACAGCCAGGACAGUGUGGUCAAUAUGGGCGAGAGGGCAGCCUCGUUCUUUGACGCCAGUGUCAGGGACGACGAUGACCUUCUCAUCUGGGCCGAAAUCGCCAAGAGACUCCUCGGAUACUAUUGCACGGCUGGCAACAACUACUACCCAGGCUACGGGGAUUCGCCUUAUCCUUAUCCCCCGACUUCUAGUCUGGUACCGACUCUCUCUCCUAGCCCCUCCAAGACUCUCAUUUCUACUUCUCUCUACCCUCUUGUCAGCACGAGCAAAUCAAACACCGCCCAUCAUUCUGCUUCCUCCCGCCCUGCAAACACCGCCACCAACCAGACUGGGUCGACCACCUCUCGGGCCACCCCACCGGGCUCCAGGACUGGAACGCCCCCUUCCGGAGCCACUCCUCAGCGCAGCUCCACGUGCCUGAGCCACUCUUCGGGGGGCUCAAGGACCAGCACUGUUACCUCCCAAACUCCUUCGCCAAGCAUUCAGAAGCCUUCGGCUAGCUCCACUCGGAUCACCAAGGCACGCCCAACGGCCCCAGGUGGAUCCAGAGUCCGAACGGGUCUUGCCAGCACCAGCUCUACUUCUGAGAUUCGUUCAAGCUUGUCCAGUUCCACACCUGCUGCUCCGUCAAGGUCUUCGACGAAGAACUAUCCGCCGACCCCUGGCCCUGAGCAGUCGAGGAUUCCUAACCCUCGGCCUUCUGGUCCUCAGUCGAGGGGCCCCUCUCCUUCUCACACGCCUAAGGCUGAAGAGUACCCGCCAACCCCUGGUCCUCAUUCGAGAAUUCCUAACCCUCAGCCUACUGGUCCUCAGUCGAGGGGCCCCUCUCCUUCCCCCACGCCCCAGUCGACGAAGAACUACCCACCAACCCCUGGCCCUGGGCAGUCGAGGAUCCCUAACCCUCAGCCUACUGGUCCUCAGUCGAGGAACCCUAUCCUCACGGUUCCUUCCGCUUCUGCCACGUCAAACUCUCAUAGCUACUAUCCGUUCACUGCUAGCCCGCAAGCCUUAGAUUCGUCUAGUCUGACUGGAACUCAGAGCCGUUAUCCGUACCCGUCCGUCACUAGCUCUCAGUCCGCAGGUUCCUCUUCUUCUGGGCCGUCUGCGACUUCCAGCUACUACCCGCUCACCCCUGGCCCCGAGCAGUCGAGGAAUCCUGUUCCCACGGGUCCUUCAGCCUCUACCACGUCCGGACAUGAAAGCUACCACCCGGCUGGCCCUCGUCCGGAGCGGCCAACUGCCUCUCCUCGCCAGAGAGCUAGCCCAUCUCCUUCUGCCACACCUCUUAAGGAAUAUCCCACGUACCCCCAGGAUACCGAGGCUGAACCGACGGAUUCCAUUGAGGACACCGACGAGGAAACAAACUACUCUCCGUACCCCGCGGAAAGCGAUGUGCCGAGUUCCACUACCGCGACGGCAGGCCCUGCUCACGGUACGUGCUCGGGUGGAAAAAAGAGGUCGUGCGAGUCGUCGGGAUACCGGAUUCUCCCUACCAACUCGGUAGCGGCAGUUGGGUGCCUCCUGCUUAGUGUGGGCCUUCUCUUCGCCAAUGGCUUGUGA